CCCCUCCAGCCGGGGCCGUGGAGCACCGGGGCAAAGCCCGGGGCCCCCCGAUGAAGGAGCGCGACGCGGCCCCGGCCGAGCGGGGCAAGCCGGCCACCUACACCGGGGACAAGAAGGCGAAGAUGGCGGCCAAGACCAACAAGAAGUGGGUCCGGCUCGCCACCGUGUUCGCCUACGUGCUCUCCGUGUCGCUGGCCGCCAUCGUGCUCGCCGUCUACUACAGCCUCAUCUGGCAGCCGGUGGGCGCCGGGACCUCAGGGGGAGCCGCCGGCCCGCCCCCCGGCGGCUCCAACGCCACCAGCCCGUACGGGACUUCGGGGGCGGCGCCGGGGCCCAACGCCACGGGGUCGUCCCGCCGCGAGGCGCCGCGCGACGCGCCCCCGCUGCAGGCGGCGCAGCCCGCGCCUCCGGAGCCCCCCGCCGACAGCCCCCCGACCGGGCCGCUCGAGCGGCCGCAGGGACCGGACGAGGACGAGGAGGAAGCGGCAGCGGCGCCCGGGAGUCGCUGAACCUCCCCGCGCAGAGGGCGGCCGGGAACCAUCCUCCCCAAACCCAGAGGCAGGACUUUGCAGCGGGACGGAGCGGGGAGCCCGCGGGAGUGGCCCCCAUGGGAGUGAACUUCUACCCCAGAGAUCGCCAGCUCGCCCCGGGGGCGGGUGGCCCGCAGCCUGAUCGAAAGCCAAGGGACCACGGGCUCACCGAGGCCCCGGGCUUGGUCUUCCCAGGAUCGUGGUGCGCCAGGGCCCUGAGCCAUAAAGGGGAUGGUGGGGAGGGGUGGGGAGACCCCAGCACCAAACCCUUCUGCGCCGCUUGCUCUUGUGUUUCCUACGUGCAGGGGUGACUCGGGUUUUCCCCCAAGACUCAGGGGAAGGAGACAGCUAUAGGAGCUUUUUUUUAAAGUAAGCCAAGCUCUCACCAGGAGAAGGGCAUCAAAAGUAGUGGAGCUCAGGUACGUCAACCUAGUUGCAGUGGCCACAGAUGCAUUUAAUUUGUAGAUCCGUGUAUAUAGUUGUUGACAUACGCGCUAGAACCUAAAAUUACAUAGAACUGUAUGUAUCUCUCACACCCUGGGUAGCUAGUAACUGAUGGGGUCAAGCAAGGGCUGUUGGCUGGCCCCCAAAGUGCAGCUAGACAGAAGGGCACAAACGGCUUUUUUCAUCACCCACUCUUUUCUCUCUCUUCCAACAUCCUAUGUCUGAAAGAUUUAUGAUGUCCUUAAACAAAAGGGUAUAACCAUUCUUAGACUUGGUGACAUGACAAUGGAAAACCUUAGAGAAGCAGAAGCAGUUUAGGAGGGUGAGGGAUGUCGGGAUCCCCUCUGCUUCCCACCCUGGUGUGUCAACAGAGGCUUCCCAUUGUAUCCCUAAGUAUCUGGAUUAGGGUCAGGGAAGAAGGAAGGGAAAGAGCAAUGCCUGUGUGCUUCAGGCCUUGGCCUUUCCCUCACAGAGUUCGUUUAGGAAGAGCAAGCUUUUGUAAGCAGAGUGACCGGCAAGUGGUUUGUUUUUGUUUUGUCUUACUGCUCCUCAAAUUUUGUCUUGUUCCAAUAGUCAGCCUUGCCAUCCCUCUUUCCUAAGCCUGUAGCAACAACGCAGCCCUGAGUUUGGGAUGGAAUCUGUCGUGAAACCAGAGCUUUGGUCACAGAUGUUGGGUUUUGAGUUGUACUCUGGAAUCAAAGGGCUGGAAGGUGGGCUUCAAACUCAGGAUUGUGCUUAAGUACAAAUAUCUUUGAAAGCCAGUCACCAGACCCGCCAUAAGGUUUAAUUGUCUCACCUUUACCUCUACUGAUAAGCUCUGCUUAUAUGCAACCUAUACUUUUAGGAGAUGAGAAGCAUAAAGGGAAAUGACAGCUCUGGGGCAGCAAGAAUUCUACUACCACAGUUGGGAUUCCAUUUCCUUCUGCCACUUGCUUUUAGACAUUUGAGGGUGGGUAGUGACAAGAUAUCGAACCCCUUAGUAUUUCCUUUUUGGGAAAUGAGGCACUUAAAAAAAAAUAUCCACCCGAAUUCUGAAACGGUUUGUCUCUCCAGUUUUCUGACCUACACCUUAGUUAGCUCUGAUCCACGUUUACAGGACAACAGCCUUGCUUUAAGCCAUGUCCUGUUGUGGCUUCAUAAUAGCAACUGAGCUGUCGUAGCCUGCAGGCUGGCUGGUAGCACCCCCAAGGUCUCUUGGCUGGAGAAGAUUUCUUAGCAGCUGACUUGGACUUCAGUCGUUAGAAAGCCUAUGAGGUCUUUUUAAAAUUUUGGUGGGGGAAUAGGGGAGGAAACAUGAAAUGCCACCUUUAUAACUUCAACAAUAGCCUGUAAUUUAUAUUUACUGUGUGAAUUUUUAGUCCUAUAUUUUAAUAAUUUAUAAAUUGCUCUCUUAUUUCAAGAAUCCUUUGACCUUGCAGAAGAACAUCUGGGAGUUCGAUCCCCUGUCCCCACCCUGACCCCAGCAUUCUGGACUGUUUCAAUCCACUUUGGGAUGGAUCAGAGCACCUGGAGAGAUCACUUUAGGUCCAGCUGCUGGCCUCCCAACUCUCUAAAGCCUUCACUGGAAUUGGACAUUAGCGGCAGCUGUAGCUGUGAAUAUGACCAGAGACAUUAUUUAUAAUUCAGCCAUUUAAGAUAUUCCUGUAUUCAAAAAGUCCUGUAUAUUUUUUAAAAGUUUUAUUUUUCAGGUGAACAAAAAUACACCCUAAGAACUCUG